UGUCGGCGACCAUCGAUGGAGGGGAUUGUGAAGUUUUCUUGAGCGUUGCUUCUUGUGCAGGAAGCGUCUCAAUCCCGCCGCUGUACAGCUUGCGUCGUGGGAUGGAAGAUGUGGGCGGCAGAGAAGGGGAGGUUGGUUCUGGCUGCUGUGAUGGGGUUCAGUUUGUUGGUCCUGCUUCAGUGGAUUAUUAUCGGGAGAAGGAGGCGCCUGCUUGCAAGCGCCCUAGAUUAAUGGCUACCGAUCAAAAGUGGAUAGAAUUGGAUGUAGAGAAAGAAUCAACUCAGCCAAGUCCCCUCGGUUUGAAAUUGACAAAAACACCAUCCUUUAUGGAACUCAUUCAAGCAAAGCUAUCUCAAGGACAACCACCAGAGUCUGACGAAAAACAGAGUCUCCAACAUGAGAUGGUAAUGGAUAAGGUAGUCAAUGCAGUUCUGAAUACUCCAAGUGCAGAAAAGAUGAAGGCUUCAAAUUCCGCUGCAAGUUUUCUCAAGAUAGGUUCAUGGGAGCGGGUUUCAAGGUAUGACGGAGACUUAGUGGCUAAGUGCUACUUUGCUAAGCGCAAGCUUGUAUGGGAGGUUCUGGAAGGAGGAUUGAAAAGUAAAAUUGAGAUCCAAUGGUCUGAUAUAACUUCGCUUAGAACUAGAUAUCGUCAAAAUCAUCCUGAUCAGUUGGAGGUUGAGCUGUCAAAGGUGCCCCUCUUCUUUCGUGAGACAAAUCCUCAACCUAGAAAGCACACUUUGUGGCAAGCAGCAAAUGAUUUCACAGGAGGUCAAGCUGUUACGUACAGGAGACACUUAAUUCAAUUUGCUGAAGGAACUCUUGAGAAGCAUUAUCAAAAGAUGCUACAGUGUGACUCACGGCUGCAUAUGUUAUCUAAGGCCAACUUUCCAAGUUCUGUUUCUCCAUAUUUUGAAACAGGCAAUCAGGAGUAUCGAGAUCAUGGAGGUCACCUUUCCCAUUUACUGCAGCAGAAUAAUUCAAGUAUGUCAUAUACUCAGAGAAAAAUCCCAAACGAGAUUUUUCAUCCACCAGUUCAGUUGUGUGUCCAAGCUCAAAGAGCAAGCAGUUCAUUCAAUCAAGGAGACUUUCAGCAUGUCAGAUCUGCAUUUGAUUUUGACCCUGCUUCUCCAAGUUCAGUGGUGGAUUCUCCUUACAGUGAAGAACAGGGUAUCAGUAAUUCUGAUGAUGGGUACAUGGGCGGAUGUGAACAAUAUUAUGAACCAGCUUACAGUAACAUUCACGAUUCUUUUCAAGGUUCAUACUUGAAUAUGCCAAGCAAUAUCACAUUUGGCAACCAAGUCAACCAUUUCUCUCAAGGACAUGUCAUUCCCUGUUAUCCCUCCUUUCCAACAAACAGGGCCGAGAACAUAUCUGCAAAUCAAGAAGUUCUGGAAAGCAUUGCCAGACAUUUGUUUUGUGAACCUCUUGUCUCUGAAUCCUGCAACAAUCAGAAUCAGCAAAUGAUCAUGGGAAUGAAUUCACUGAGUUCCCUCAUUGGUGCAACUGGUGCCUCCAUGAAUGCAUCCCAGCAAGGAGACUGUUACCCACUGUACCAAAUUGUCUCUGAAAAUCCAGACGCUAUAGGUACUCUCUCUUCAGACGCACACAUAGUUCCAUCAUCCUGGGGAACAUCCAGUCAUUUAGUGGGGUCAAUGCCUGGAGCAGAGUUGCAGAAUAAUGUCUAUGGUGUGCCAUCAUAUUGACUGAGUCGGUUUUUCUCUUUUGUUAGUCCAGGCAGCAGAGUUCACCUUGCAGAGUUGGCUUCAUUUAACUUGACAUCAAAUGCCGAGACACAUACAACAUUUUGAUGUUUCGACUUCCCAUUCUGUUUCUUGAUUAUCCAUUUUUGUUGGCGACAGUGCAACUAGCCGUUGCUUCCGCAUUUUCAUUUUGUCAAGAUUCAGUUAUAAUUUUUUUGUUGCCACAGAUUUGUGGGUCUUAGGAAGUUUAGCUCCAUAAUUUGGUGCUCUUUUCAUUUGUUCUCCGUGGUGCAUUAG